AUGGAUUCAGAGAAGAUUGCUGCGAGGACGAGAGGAGCGAAGAAAAGGAGACACAUUUCUGACUCAUCGGCUGAUGAGCAGAAGAAGAUGGAGGAAGAAAAGAAGAUUAUCAUCAGGAGGAAAGGAGGAAAGAAGCGUCGGACCAUCCUGACCUCACCUGAUGAAGACACGGAGACACCCAAGAGGAGCAAGAAGAGGAAGAAGAGGAUAACGUCCAGCUCCUCUGAGAAGAUGUCUCCUGAUCAACCCAUCAUUCCAGUGGAAGAAGUGACUAAACAGCCAAAGUGCGGGAAGAAGAGAAAACUCAUCCUCAUCUCUUCAACAGAUGGAAAGAAGUCACGGAUCAAGAGGGAAGAUGACAUCCUGAAGAAAGAAGACCAGCAGGAGGACCAGGGAGUCUCAGUCGAGGACAGCGGUGUUCGGCCAACCUGCUCUAGAAGCAUAAUAAUCUCCGAUAACAUCAGGGAGAGAUUAAUAUUCCAUCAUGUGCUCGGGCAGGGAAGUUUUGGGAAGGUCGUCUUGGCGGAGGAUACUUCUAACCAUCAGAAGUAUGCUGUUAAGAUCAUCAGCAAGAGAGCCAUGCUUGCCGACUGUGAUGAGGCGGAUGUGUUGGUGGAGCACCGAGUCUUACAGCUGGCAUCUGGGAGCCCCUUCCUCAUCCACGCGGACUUUGCAUUCCAGACCAAGCUUGUGUGUGGCAUCCAAUAUCUCCAUUCUAAGGGCAUCGUCCACAGAGACCUCAAGCCUGAGAACAUCCUGGUGGCUGAGACCGGCCAUAUUAAGGUCACGGAUUUCGGUCUCGCACUUGAGAACAUGCUUGGAGACCGCACAGCCACCGAAUAUGCUGGGACAGAAGGCUAUGUGGCUCCUGAGAUGCUGGCUAAGGAGGAGUAUGGUGUCGGAGUGGACUGGUAUUCAUUUGGUGUCAUCUUAAAUGAAAUGAUUACCAGUCAGUGUACUUACCAUCCUAGACUAUUUGACACAACACACUCCAGUGCUAAAGACAUCAUUAAAGAGCUCCUCCAGAGAGAUCCUGCCAAGCGCUUAGGAGUCCACGGUAACAUCCGAGGCCAUCGUUUCUUCCAGCAUAUUGACUGGGUCUCUGUGGAAGCCCUUCGGAUGUCCCCACCACACAUCCCUGUACCAUCUAAACCUCAACGCUGUUCCAGACGAUUCAAGCUGGACAGUAUAGAGGCAGCAGCGGCCAAGAAGGGACCUUUACCAUUAAAACAUCAGGCCAUUUUCAGAGGGUUUUCAUUUGUCACCCGGUAA